AUGCCAAGCUCGCGCAAGUCGGGUCCAGCCGCUCUCUUCGACGAUUUUAAGCGCGACGCUAGGGAGGAGGAGGAAGCGGAGGAAGCAGAACAGGACGGGGAGGAAGAAGCCAGUACGGAUCCGGACCCCCUCCCCAAACCUAAAAAGAUCACUCGCCAUCGUCGCUCCUAUCGCGGUGGUUCCAUCUCCUCGUUCGAUUCGUUCGACUCGGUCGGCUCGACCCGUCUGGCUGCACCUCGGAUGCCUCGUAUCUCGAAGAUACAACAAGGCGGUCAGGCAGCUGCUCGCGUAUACCACACGCUUGAGCUGCGUCUUCGCAUCUUUGCGGAAUUGCCGAAAGAUACGCUGGCGAGGUGCUUGCGCCUCGAGAAAGCGGGGACGGCUUUGGUGGCGGGAAUACUGUAUAGGGAGAUUCAUGUGUCUUUGAUGAGUAAGAUGAGCAGAGCCGCUGGCCGCAGGGUGGUCUACUGCGAUGCUGUGCGCGUCUUGCAUACCUCCAGGCCCCUGGCUGACAGGUUCAUCCGGGAGAACUCGGACGAUAAAAUGAGGCGUCCCCCUACCCCCUUCGACCCCGUCACCCUCCUCCCUCAAAUCCGCAAAUGGCAGAAGAAAUGGCCCAACCUGUCACAAAUCUGCCACCACUUCCCGGACAUUCGCGGCUCGGAUCGGUACACCCUCGACAUACGAGAGGACGGGCGCAUAACGGUCGACUUGGAGACUGCGGUCCUCCUGAAUCCUGCCCCCCGUUCCCACUUUUGCGGGGGUCGAGGUGGUCCGCCACACUCUGGCCUUGGGCGCGGCACCGUCCCGACCAGGACAGUACGCGCAGAUCCUGCACAGCUCGCCGUUCAAAACAAGUUUCCCUUCAGGGGGUUCCAGCUGUCCUUCGCGGAAGCGCUCUCGUUCAUCGAGACGCGCCGAGCGCCCGGCAGCGAGCCACUAUCCCACUUCUUCCUCUCCGUCCAAGGCGACCUCACCCUCCGCGACUUUCGCACCCUCAUCCGCGCUCUCCCCUCUACUCUUCGGUCCAUCCACAUCGACCAAGAGCUCUUCAGCGAGCUCCAUACCAAUCCCACCCUUAUCGCCAUCCUCGACGAGUCGCUCCCGCAACUCGAGGAGGUCGCUAUAGCAUGGUGCGAUGGAUUCAAUACCAUACGUCACCUGCUGUUCGAAUUGGAGGAACCCCUCGUCGGCCUGCCUAAUCUCAAGACGUUCACCUUCCUCUGGAUGUUGAUCGGCAACAGACCCCUCGACCCUCCCGCCCGAUGUGAACGGUAUCAAGAGAAUGCAGGAGUUUGGACAGCGCGUAAAGGAGCUGAAGCGAUACUUGUCAGCGAUGUACACGGUGACCUUACGGUACUGUUGCGCGUGUUGCGCGUUUUGAUUUUGGACGCGUCGGGCGACUUUGCGACACCAGACGCGCCUGACAAGGGCGCGCCGCGCAACUCACUCGCUUGGGUGGGGAAGCAACGACCCAAGGGAGCAACGGCUGCGGCCGCUGGCUGGUUGCACGACUUUCCUACUCCUCCUUCCUCGGCGCGGCCUCAGUCCACCUUCAGAACUGGCCAGUGGACCUCAGGCUCCACUUCGGCUCCUACGCGUCUCGGGAUCCCUUCAGACCUUAGCGGCAAAGUGGGUACAACGUUCACCGUCGACGGCAGAAGCUCGGGCGUACAAUCGGUCCAGUCCCGCCUCGACCUGGCGGCAUGGUCUGGACGUCGUCGUCCCAUAUCCGGGGAUCUACGUAUUCCGGCGGGCACUUCUCCAGCAGAAGCAUCACAAGAAGAGGCGGGUAUCAGCCCUCUUCCACCGUCAAGCUCGGCGGUCCCGUCGGUCACCCCUCAUCUCGAUCUCGCGGCGCGGUCCGAUUCGGGCGACGACCCGGCUUCUCACUCAGCUACAUGGUGGACGCCGGCAAAGGACGUAUAUCAGGACCUGACGGGAAUGUUGAGGAGGGAGAAAGAGGCGGCGCGCAAGGCAAAAAGCAAGAGGACCAAGGUCGGGACAUGGGACAGCUUUGAGCGGAUGCUGCGCGGAGAGGGAGAGGAGGAGCCCGAGCCGGCCAGUCCCGAUCCGGACCCUCUCCCUAUCCCUAAGGACACUAAGCGGGACCGGCACUACUUUCGGCGCGGGUCGACAGGCUCGGUCGAGUCGCUCGACUCGUAUCAUCCACCCCCAGAGGACUCGUAUGAGCGGCCGACUCGGAAGAAGAUCAGGCAGGGCGGGGCGGCGGCGGCAAAGGUCUGGCAUACGCCUGAGCUCAGGUCAGGCGUGCUCUCGCUGUUGAGGAAGGAUAUGUUGGCGGUCUGUCUGCGGCUUGAGAAGGGGGUAACGAGCGACGUGGCGGGAUUGUUGUACAAGGAGAUCCAUGUGGGGAUGAUGAGCAGAAUGAGCAGGGCAGCUGGACGCCGUGUCAUUUACUGCGAUGCUGUGCGCGUCUUACAUCUCUCCAAACCGCUCCCCGAGAUCGUCCACCGGCGGACGGCCGAAGCAAAGAAGCAACGCAGACCAGCGGUCCACUUUGACCCGGUGACCCUCCUACCCCAAAUAUCGAAAUUCCGCAAAAAGUUCCCCAAUCUAUGCGUUCUGCACCAUCACUAUCCGGCCACCCGGGGGAGCGACACAUACUCGGUCGAUCUGCGGGAUGGGCGGAUUCGCGUCGACCUGGAAACAGGCUUCCAGCUCGAGUUCUUCGACACCCCAUUCCGGGUCCCAGACUUUCCCCCUAUUCCGUCUUUUGACGGGGUGGAAAUCGUCCGUCACACCCUCGCCCUCACCAUCGGCCCUAGUCCCCUCGGCGAGAAGGGAGGCCAUAACCUCUUUUUCCACCCGUUUAUCGCGGUCCUGGCGGAAUGGAAACAGUUCCUCUACUGCAACUCCACCUUAGACCGGCGAAUCACCAAUAUCGAUUCCUUCCCCUGCAGGUCACUCACGCUGUCCCUCGCCGAAAUGUCGUCUUUCAUCGAGCAGCGGCGGUCGUGUGAGCCACUCUCCCAUCUGUGCCUGGACAGUCGGGACGAUAUGUCCCUGCGCGACUUCCGCACGCUCAUCCGCUCCCUCCCUCCCACCCUCCGCUCCCUCCACAUCGACGUCCCCCUCCUCGAGGACCUGGACACCAAUCCCACCGCCAUCGCCAUCAUCGACGAGGCGCUACCGCAGCUGGAGGAACUUGCUAUCCGAUACGGGCUAGACCCCGACCCCAGGCGUCAAGGCUGCCUGCGCUUCCACAUGGUGGACCCCCUCGUCGGUCUGCCAAAGUUGAAAAAAUUCACUCUUCUUUGGUAUGGGAUCUCCGAGGAUGAGAUGGACUCGCCGGCGCGAUAUAUCUGCGAGCUCGGAUCGGAGGACUGCGUCUACUCGGCGUCGUCCCUGCACUACAUCAAGCCCAUGCAGGAGUUCAACGACAGGGCGAGGGAGCUGAAAUUCUCAAGCCCGCACCGUCCACCAGCUCCCCAGCUGCCACGCGACAUGCUGCCCGUCGGCGACUCCGCGCCCUCUCCCUCCUCGGGCGGACGCAGCGCCAUCUAUGACCACCCUUACUUGCGGCUUUACAUCCUCGAGCUACUCGACAAGGCUACGCUGGCAAAGCUCCUUCGGGUCGAGAAGGGCCUAACAACUGUCGUUGCUGGUCUGUUGUACAAGGAGGUGACAGAGGAGCAGGCAGAUAAGAUGAGCCGAGAUGAUCGAUUUGGCUACCUGGCGAGCUACCUUCCCAAACCUCCGGACCAUCUUGGCCGACCGCUCCAUCCGGGAUGGCGACGACAAAUACACGGUCCACCUGGACGCGGAAGGCGUACGGCUCGAGCUGGAGACUUCCAGCACUUCGAUAUAUACACCUAUCCUGACCCUACCGCGGUCCCGCCCUUCCUUCUGCCCACGCCGGUACUCGACGGGGUUGACGUGCAUCACGUCAUCUGCAUCACGCUGGUGGAUAGCGAUGAUGAGGAUUUAUGGGGCGAUGCAGAGCGGGAUGACGCGCUGGACAAGUGGAAGGAGUGGCUGUAUCGCAGGCCGCUCGAUCCUCGCGUCGUCAGCGUGGACCAUCACUCCUCAACCAAUAUGCCUUUCUAUUACGAGGAUUCGGAACGAUUCGUCGCCGGGCGAUCGGCUAAUGGUUGCGAGCCCCUCCGCUCGGUCUUCAUCCCAGACAUCAGCGCAAUGGGGACGGCUCCGUCAGCCGCUAUGGAAAACAUCUACAGCCUGAUCCCGGGCGGUCGCUCGGACACCAUUCGCGAGGUAGCCAUCGAACAUCCUCUCGUUGAAGGUUACCGCCAUCUCCUACAGCUUCCCAUCCUCCACCUUGGGCGGAUCUUUCCCCAGCUCGAGCUCCUCACCCUCUUUGAUCGGUUCUACGAGGGCUAUCCCUUCUCCGACGCCGUCCCUUUGGCUGGUCUACCUCGUCUUCGGGAUCUUACCGUCUACUGCGACGGCAAUACUCCUCCUCUCGCUCAGAUCGCGUCAAAUAUUUGUCAGCUUGGGGGUCCGGACUGCCGGUAUAGAUUGAUAAGCUCUGGGGAGGCGAAGAUCUCCGAGGAGGAGUUCACUGACCUUGUAACCGCCGCCAAGCUAUCCCCACCGAUGGUGCCGGUAUUCUUUCGAGAAGUCAUGAAGGAGUUGGAGGAGUCUUAUAUGGAGUCUGGAGAUUGUUUUUUGGGACUCGCUCCUGAAAGCACGGCGAGAAGCCGCCUAGCACAGACAGCGAUGACUGAGCUCGCGCUAGCCCCAGCCAAGACUCCUGCCAUCGACACAGGGGUCCCAAGCUCGGAAGGAGCUUGCCGCAGAGCGUGGGGCACGCCCGAGAUACGCCUAUCCGUAUUCGACUUUCUGGAUCAACACACCCUGUCUCUCCUGCUGCGCGUCGCAAAGAGCUGGACUGCAAGCGUGGCUAGUGUUCUGUAUAGGGAGAUGAGACUGGAGCAUGUGAAUGGGAUGAAUAGGGAUGAUGUUCGUCGAGCCAUCAUGUGCGAUGCCGUCAAAACCCUCAACCUAAAUCCUAUCCCCCUCCAUCAACGCCCCCUACCUCGUCGCAAAGACAAGCGCGGUCCUGGACGCUUCGACGCUUCCUCCUUAGCUGGCGAUCUGGCCAUCUGGCGAGCCAAGCUACCCAAUCUACGUACCAUCCUAGCCGACCGGCCUACUCGAGAUGACGACGAUGUCUACACGGUCAGCCUCGAUGGCGAGACCAUACGGGUCGAGCUGGAAUCCCACAUCACGCUCGACAUCUACACCCUCCCUGACCCCCUCACCAUCCCGCCCCCUCUUCCGACAGUACCGGUCCACGAGGGCAUGACAUUCCGGCAUAUGAUAGCCAUCGAGCUGGAGGAUGGGGAUAUUGAGGAGGAAUGGGACGAGGAUGAGCGGGAUGAAGCUGUGGCUAGGUGGAAGAAAUGGGCGUAUCACCGGCCGCUGGAUCGGCGGAUCGUCGGCGUCAGUCACCCACUCGUCGGAAUGUCAUACGAUUAUGACGACCUCGUGGUCGCCUUCAAGCAGCGCCUCGAGGGAGACCGCGAGCCAUUGCGCUAUAUCCACCUACCCCCAAUCCGAGGUCACGACAGCCCAAAUGUUCUUCAGCAGCCGGGAUACCGGGAUCUCUGCCAAAGCAUUGUCCUCAAUUCGACCGUCGCUAUCGGGCGGGCACUGCGUUCGCUCCACAUCCACCUAUCCCUCCUCACAGCCUUUGGAGCUAUCAGGAUCGCGCUCACCCUCCUCGACAAACAAUACCCCCUUCUCGAGAAGCUACACAUAGAAGGGUGGCUCCCUGAUGAUCACCACUUCACGGAAGACUCCCAAUUCGGCGGUCUGCCGAAUCUGCGCGAGCUCUCGAUGAAAUACAAUGGCGAGGCGGACCCCAAGGAGAUCAUUGCCCCAUACAUCUCCCGCCUGGGAGGUCCAGACUGUUUCUACAGGCUAUUGGGUCCCAAUAUAGACAUGAGGGAGUUCAACGCGGCCGUACAGCAUGCAAGAAAACAUCCCUCGGAUACGUCCGUCGAGAAGGAAGCUGUCUGGCUUGCCUUUGACAGCAAUAUCCGCGCCGGAACAAGGCGAUAUAACACGUACCGGAGAUGCCAAGCUAGAUACGAUUUUGACCCGACGCGAAGGACGGGCGAUUGGAGGGCUUUAGUACGAGCAACGAUGGUCUCGCCACCCGUGCUCUCGGUCAUGACCCCUGCGUUGGGUACAGGGGUCUCAGGCGCGGGGUCCGCCUCAAGCAGAGGGUGGGCCACGGUGGAGAUUCGCCUUCUCAUACUCGAGCUGCUGGACCGCAGGGAUCUAGCGAUACUACUACGCGUCGAGCGGCGGCUCACCUCACCUGUUUCUAGGCUGCUGUAUAGGGAGGUCAGGCCGAGUGAGGCGGCUUGGAUGAACAGAAGCAAAGAUAGACAUGCUAUCCUCUGUGACGCUGUCAUAACCCUCAACCGCAAUCCCAUUCCUCCUCAUCAAGAACCCCAUCCCUUUGGCCAAAACAAGCGGGGACCCAUCAGAUUCUGCGGACCGUCCCUCGCUGCCGAGCUCGGGGCCCUCAGAGCCAAAUUCCCGAAUUUGCGCCAUAUCAUCGCCGAUCGACCGAGUCGGAAGGACGAUGACUCCUAUACCGUCCUCCUCGAGGGCGAACAGGUCCGGGUCGAGCUGGAAAGCGUUGUCGUAUUUGACAUCUACACCCACCCUGAUCCGAUCGCCGUCCCUCCUACCGUUCCGGCGGUCCUGGUGCAUGAGGGAAUGGACAUCCACCAUACCAUCGCUAUCAUCCUGGAUGACAGUGAUAUUGAGGAGGAAGGGGACGCGGAUGAGCGGGAUGACGCGGUGAGGAGGUGGAAGGAGUGGCUAUACAAAGGCCCCCUAGAUGCUCGGGUGACGAGGAUCGACGGCGACGAUAUCGGGAUGUCUCUGAGCUGCAGGGAGCUGGACGGAUACAUUACGCGGCGCCAAGCCACGGGCUGCGAGCCUAUCCGGGGCAUCGAGCUGGACGACACAGUAUAUGGGUACGGGGACUGCACGGUGUCGAUCCUCUCCAUGGCUGCUCGCCUCGCGCCCCAUCUGCGCCAUCUCUCCAUCUCACACUCCACUCUCUCCACGUUACUCGGCGAUCUGGAUUCAGGCAUCAUCGCGCUCGACCACCUCUACCCUCAACUCGAGAAUCUCACCAUCUACUUCAUCAAUAACAAAUACCCUCUCGGCAGCGACCGUAGCGGUGCCGCAAUGUUGGGCCUCCCCAAGUUGCGCAAGCUUUCCCUGUGCUUCCACCGCAGCUUUAAUCGGACAUCCAACGCGGAUAUCACGCAGUGGGUAUCUCGAAUAGGAGGGUCGGACUGCCUGUACAGCUCGAAUCUUGUCACGGGGUCAGGGUGGCAGCAAUUCAACAAGGAUGUCCAUGCGGCUAAACUGCACCUUCCCCAAGUUUUCGAUAGCGACGUGUCACUGUCGGCAAAAGAAGUCGUGAUUCAUGAGCUCGACCGUCUGCUCUCGAACCAGUAUGCUGGAGAAGCGGAGCGGGCGGACGAGGCGACUCAGCCCGAUUUGCGUCUCACUAUCCCUCUGCCGUCUUCACAGGCACUGCAUCAAAACUAUCGACCUCACCGGCUCCGGAGCAAGAUGCCUCCCCCAGUACCCUCGGAGGGCUCGCCCGUCAGCAGUAGCCGCAGAGCGUACGAUGCGGUCGAGGUUCGCCUACACAUCUUCGGCAUGCUCGAGCAAAGCACACUGGCGGUGCUCAUGCGGGUAGAGAAGGGGGUCACAGCGAGCGUGGCAAGCGUACUGUACAGGGAGGUCUCGGCGGGACAGGCGCGGCGGAUGGUGAGGGACACUGAACGUCAACGCAUCUUAUCUGAUGCUGUGCGGACCAUCACUCUGAAUCCUUGUCGAGCGGACCCCUCCCUUCAACGCACACCCCAACGCCCUCCUCGCAAAUUCAAACUGUCAGACCUUACCGCAUGGCAAGCCAAAAUGCCCAAUAUCCGCAAGAUCCUGGCCGACCGGUCUGGUCAGGAUGGCGACGAUAUCUUCACGGUCGACAUUGACGGCGGCAAGUCGAGGAUCGAGCUGGAGUUGCAUGUCCUUUUUGACAUGUACACCCUCCCUGAUCCCUUUGGCGAGGCACCGCGCCUCCCGCCGACCCCUGCCCGCAAAGGUGUGGAAUGCCACCAUACUAUAUGGAUCAAACUGGAGGACAGUAGCCGUCCGCGUCCGUGGAUCUGGAGGCGCGGAGAGUGGGAGGAGGCUCUAGAUCGGUGGAGGAGGUGGCUGUAUCGCCGGCCGCUCGAUCCGCGGGUCGUUGCCGUGGACCAUUCAUCCACCGGCAUGCUCUACACCGUCCCGGACGCGGUCGAGCUCAUCGUCCAGCGGUCCAAAGCCAAGGACAAGGCCGAGCCACUGCGCUUCGUCUCCUUUCCCGCUCCAUCCACCUUCGACCAUUUAGGUAACGAGCUACACGGCGAGGCCUAUGCCAGUCACUGUACCAAAUUCAUGGUCAAAAUCUCCUACAUCCUCAGUCGCGCCCUACGGGUCCUCCAUAUCGACUAUCACCUCGUUGCGGCCUUCUCAUCCGUCGACGCAGCCCUCACCGUCCUCUCCUUCCAAUACCCUAAGCUCGAGGAACUCGUUAUCACCGGUACCUUCCCCGACGACUACCCCUUCGCCGACGUGCUCCCUCUGAGCGGGAUGCCCGGCCUGCGUCACUUGACGCUCCGGUACGAUGGAGACGCAUCCCCACAGGGUGUCAUCGCUCCCUUCAUCUGUCAUCUGGGCGCUGCCGAUUGCCUGUACACGUUGAAGGGGAUUUCGGGGUCGAAUUUGUCCGACAAGGACUUUAAUGCGGCAGUGCAGAAUGCGAGACUUCGUCCCCCUCCUGAUCUUAGCCCGUACGCGGCGCAAACGGCAGAGCUGGCUGCGGCAUUCGAAAGGCUUGAUCGGGACACGCAUAGUUGGAGGAGCCGCUGA